GAGAUGAAAUUGAACUCACUCCAGAAGCUGAGGAAGUGGCAACAAUUUAUGCUGCAUUGUUAAACACAGACUAUGUAAAGAAUGACAUUUUCAAUGAGAACUUCUUUAAAGAUUGGCAAGUUGUAUUAAAAAAAUCUGAAGAAAAUCCACAAAUUGAGGAUUUUGAAAAAUGUGAUUUCACUUCUAUAUACAAUUAUUUACAAAAAAAAGAGAAACAAACAAAAAAUUUUUCAAAAGAGGAAAAACAAAGAUUGAAAGAUGAAAAGACCAGGGUUGAUGAUUUAUAUGGUUAUUGUUACUUAGAUGGACGUAAAGAAAAAGUUGAUAAUUUUAAAAUUAAGCCACCUGGUUUGUUUAAAGGUCGUGGUGUUCAUCCUAAAACUGGUUCAUUGAAGUAUAGAGUCACUCCUGAGCAAAUAACAAUUAAUCUCAGUAAAGAUGCAUCCAUCCCUCCUCCACCUGCUGGCCACUCCUGGGGUAGUAUUAUACAUGAUAACACAGUUACCUGGCUUGCCACCUGGAAGGAGAAUGUAAAUGACAAAAAUAAUUAUAUGUCUUUAGCAGCCAAUAGCUCACUUAAAGGUCAAAACAAUUUGGAAAAAUUUGAUAAGGCCAGGGAGCUCAACAUGCACAUAGAAAAAAUCCGGUGUGAUUAUAGACAGGAUUUAAAAGAUAGGCUAAAUUCAGUCCGACAACGUGCUACUGCCAUGUAUCUCAUAGACAGGCUCGCAUUAAGAGCGGGAAAUGAGAAAACUGGUGAAGAAGCAGACACUGUGGGCUGUUGUUCCCUCAGGUGUGAGCAUAUUACUUUGGUAGAACCAAGGACAGUCAAGUUUAAUUUUUUGGGUAAAGAUUCAAUAAGAUACAAAAAUUCAGUGGAAGUAACAGAACAAGUUUUUGAAAAUUUUAAAAUAUUUAUGAAGGAUAAGGAAACCAGUGAAGAGUUAUUUGACAGAUUAACG